AUCCCUCCCAUGACUAGGGCUCUGCUUCUCUUCCUUCUGCUAUUCCUUCCUCGCAAUCACAAUCUGUUCUUUCGAUAUAUAAAUCUUUGUAUAUCGAUUGUAACGAUUACUGAUUCUUUUCAGUUUGAUGGUCCUCAUGACUCUCCGCUUCAUUCAGUUCUUCGUGAAAUCUGUAGUUCUCAUCGUUCUGUUCUCUUCUAUCUUCUUCACCCACAGAUCUUCAGGCAAUGGGAGUACAGAACAAGAGAAAACAUUGGCCAUAAUAAAACCGGAUGGAUUGUUUGGUAACUAUACUAACAGGAUAAAGAAAGUUAUUCUGGAGUCUGGCUUCAGCAUAGUCAAGGAAAUGGUGAUUCAACUUGAUGAGGAUAGUGUAUCAAGCUUUUACGCCGAGCACUCUACAAAAAGCUUCUUUCCAAGUCUUGUUAAAUAUAUGACAAGUGGUCCAGUGCUGAUUAUGGUUUUGGAGAAAGUGAAUGCUGUCACUGAUUGGCGUGCUUUAAUUGGACCAACUGAUGCACACAAGGCUAAGGUUACCCAUCCUCACAGUGUCAGAGCCAUGUGUGGGGUCGAUUCAGAGAAAAAUUGUGUCCAUGGUUCAGAUUCACCUCAAUCCGCUGCAAGAGAGAUAGGCUUUUUCUUUAAAGAGACAUCUUCAGGAGUUGUUUCAAAGCAUGAUGAGCUGUAAAUGGCAGACAGUCGAAGCAAAAUUAUGUCUUCUACAAGCCUUUUUACGGCAUUUUAUUCGCACGCCUUCAGUUGGACAAUUGUACUGCCAUAUCCCACAAUUGCAAGCUGACGGCAUCAAUAACUCGCAAUUUCUGGAUUUGUCUGACUCCUAAUCUUGUAAUUGUAUGUAGAUUGUAUAAAUGGAAUGGUUAUACAUGUGGCAAAUGCCCAGUUUAAUUCAAAAAUCUAUGACCCAUCAUUGGGAUGCCAAAAUGGUAAUUCUUGUUAAA